UAUCGGUUCUAGAGGUCUUUGCACGAGUCCAGGUUAAGACUAGAAUCGAACCGAAAAAUCGAGUCAGGACUGGAUUUGCACAAAUCCUAUCAACAGAAAAUCAGUCUUUGGGGUUAGAUUUUCUAACCAUUACUGUUUUA